AUGCCGACGAAUCUCAAGGUGACGGAUAACGACACCAACUCAUCUCCGGAGCACACUCUGACUUUCCAGCAUCUGCAGAAGAUAAACCACGACCUCCGCUCUGAGCUGGAAGCACAAAGGAGGAGUCAGGAGGAAGCCAAAGAAGCUGAGCUCCGGCGAAGGGUCGACCUCUUGGCUCAACAAGCGCAGCUGCUGGUCACCGGUGACGCCACUGCGCUCGCACAGGCCCACCUGGAGAAGGACCGCCGGCGCUUCCAGGAGCAGCAGGUGGAGUGGGAGCGCUGUCUGGCCUCCCUGAAGUCCCAGCUGAACACCAGCGAGGAGAAGAGGAGGGAGGCCGAGUCUGGCUUGACGCAGCUGCGGCAGGAGCUGCAGAGUCACCACGGUCUCCAGCAGGAGGCCGAGCAGCUGCGCAAACAUCUGCAAGACGUGUCCGCUGAGUUUCACGCCUACGAGGAGGCGCAGGUUGAAAAAGAGGGUCGGCUGCAGAAGCACCUCGCUCUCCUGCAAGCGAGUCAGGAGAGAGAGCGGAGGAGCUUCGCCGCCAGCCUCAUGCAGGCUGAGCAGCAUUCGCAGGAGCUUCAGGAGAGACUCCAGACGGCCGAGGAGCAGGUGGAGAGCUUCCACAAGUCUCAGGCACUGACCAAAGAAAUCGAGGAAGCGCAGCGGCAGCUUCAAGAGGAGUUAACGUGCACGGUGUCCACAGUGCAGAGGCUCCAGGAGGAGAGGGACCAGCUCAGCCUUCACUGUCAGGAGCUGCAGAAUCAGCUGUCGGAUGCAGAAAGGGAGCUGAACAGGGUGCAGGGCCGCCUGCAGACCGACGAGACGCACUACUACAACCUGGAGCACUCGUACGAGAGCGUCUGCGAGCAGCUGCAGGUGGCGUUGGGGAGGGUGGAGCAAAGGGAGUCCGACACGCAGGAAAUGCGAGAAGGCUACGAGCGACUCCUGGACAGGAAGGAGCAGGAGCUGAGUGAAGUGCUGCUGAAGAUGGAGGUCCUGGGUGUACCUCUUCUAACCAGACAGACGAGUCUUCAGAACCUCAACGUGCCGCUGGAGCGCUAA